GCUGUUGGUUAAGCAGGCGAGCUGCGCUGGGAUGUAUUUCAGGAGCGCCUCCCUUAUUACUGCACGUUACAUACAGAGCUAUACGCAGUGUCUGCAUAAUACCAGUGGAUUUCAGGAGAAACAGAGUGGAGGAAACGGCUCAGAAGUGAAUGGAAAUCUAGGGAGUCGGCUGGGAAAUAAUAUGUUAUAAAAAUACUAUUUUGUUCAUAGUGUUGAUUUCGUUGGAUGGUUUUCCUCGAUAAAUAAAACAUCCGUGUGAUUUUAACAGCAAAACGUGAAGGAGAAGAUGGCAUUCAGAGAAAAAUCCGACAAUACUAAGAGGCAAUUAUCACUCUGGAUAAUUAUCCUUUCGUUUUUAUAUGUUGCUCAAGGACAAAUGCGAUACUCUAUUCCGGAGGAGAUGGUGAAAGGCUCCGUCAUCGGCAACGUCGCUGCGGAUUUGGGGAUUGACGAUAAAAGGCUGAAAAGCGGCCGAGCUCGGAUCGUUGCUGGAGACAGCAGUCGGUACGUGGAGCUGAACUCAGACAAAGGAAUACUGGUGGUCAAUGAGAGAAUAGACAGGGAGGCGUUGUGUAGAAGAACAUCUUUGUGCAGCUUUAGCAUUGAAAUUAUUCUUGAGAAUCCCAUUCAGUUAACUGAAGUAGUAAUAGAAAUAAUGGACAUGAAUGAUCAUUCCCCGAAAUUUGCGAAAAAUGAAAUAAAUAUUGAGAUUAGUGAAUCGGCGUUGCCCGGUGCGCGGUUUUUGCUGGACAGCGCUUAUGAUCCCGAUGUCGGUAUUAAUGCCAUACAGAGCUACAGCCUGAAACCGACUGAUAACUUUGUAUUAAAACAGGAGACGCGUCCUGAUGGUAGUAAAUAUAUUGAGAUGAUGCUACAGUCCCCAGUAGACAGAGAGAAACAGGAGGACUUGUCUCUAACAUUGACUGCUAUAGACGGAGGUCACCCACCGAGGUCUGGCGUGAUGACAGUGAAUGUGAAGGUUUUGGAUGCGAAUGAUAACGCUCCAGUUUUUACACAGAAGCUUUACAGAGCUGGCAUAGCAGAAAACUCACCCAGAGGCACGCUGGUGACUACAGUAAGUGCAGAUGACUCAGAUAAAGGCGUUAAUGGUCAAGUAAUAUAUGCUUUCAUACACAUGUCCGAAAAGGAAAGCGGAGUAUUUGAAAUUGACGAAAAAUCGGGUAGUAUUUUUGUAAGAGGAAGUAUAGAUUUUGAACAAGAUCAGAUAUAUGAGCUAAAUGUAGAAGCUAGAGAUCAGGGUGGUUUGACAGAUUCUUGUGCUGUUAUAAUUAAUGUAAUUGACGUGAAUGAUAACAUUCCCAUUAUAACGUUAACAUCAUUCACUAAUCCAGUUUCUGAAGACGCUUCACCAGGAACUACUAUUGCAGUUAUUAAUGUUAAAGACGUGGACUCGGGGGAAAAUGGUCAGGUGAAUUGCAUUAUAUCUGAAGCCUCUACCUUUGCAAUGAAAUCAUCAAUAAGGAAUUACUUCACCGUUCAGACAAUAAAAAUGCUAAAUAGAGAAACAGAAUCAGAGUACAACGUUACAAUAACAGCCAGGGACAACGGCGUGCCUUCCCUCUCCAGUAACAAGACAUUACAUAUCAGAGUAUCCGAUGUGAACGAUAAUGCACCAGUAUUUGAACAACAAUCCUAUGAUGUUCGUUUGGUAGAAAACAACACACCCGGUGUUUCCAUUUUCAAUGUAAAAGCGAAUGAUGCCGACUGCUGCCAGAACGCGCGCGUCUCCUACCUGCUGGAGGACUCGGAGGUCAACGGUGUGCCCGCCUCUUCUCUCGUGUCAGUAAAUGCCGAAAGCGGGAUAAUCCACGCCAUGCAUUGUUUCGAUUAUGAGAAACUUAGAGAAUUUCAAGUUAAAGUCAGAGCUCAGGAUGCGGGCUCACCUCCAUUAAGCGGAAAUGCUACAGUUCGCAUUAUCAUCCAGGACCAGAACGACAAUGCGCCUCAGAUCCUCUACCCAGUACAGACUGGUGGCUCCUCGGUGGCUGAGAUGGUGCCUCGUUCAGCUGAUGUGGGCUAUCUUGUCACUAAAGUGGUGGCCGUCGAUGUGGACUCUGGACAGAAUGCCUGGCUCUCAUAUAAACUGCAGAAAGCGACAGACAGGGCGCUGUUUGAAGUGGGCUCACAGAACGGGGAAAUCAGAACUAUACGCCCGGUCAGUGAUAAAGACGCAAUGAAACAAAGACUUACUGUUAUUGUGGAGGACAACGGACAGCCGUCUCGCUCAGCUACAGUCAACGUUAAUGUGAUGGUGGCGGACAGCUUCCCUGAAGUACUCUCGGAAUUCAGUGACAAUACUCACGACAAGGAUUACAAUGACAACCUGACUUUUUAUUUAGUUUUGGCUCUGGCUGUAGUGUCCUUCCUCUUCAUUUUAUCGUUAGUAGUGAUUAUAUCCGUGAAAAUCUAUAGAUGGAGACAAUCACGCAUCUUUUACCUCCAACCUCCCAGUUAUACCGUAUUAUCCAACACUUUACUCAGACGCCGGAGGUACAGGGACUUUACAGCAUAUGCACAACUACGAGGUGUAUAUGACGGCUGACUCCAGGAAGAGUGACUGUAAGUUUGUCAGACCUAGUAGUCAGAACAUUUUAAUAGUGGAUCCCAAGUCUGCCGAAACAAUGGAAUUUACGGGGAAUGAAAAAAGCAUGUUUGAUGAGAGA